AGACAGCGGGGGGCAGUUGAAGCAAUUCCUCCAGCCGGUGAGGUACCUGGGCGUGACUCAGUAGCAGCUCCUCCAGUUGGCGCUGUAGUUGGGGGUGAUCGAGUAGCUCCUCCCGUUGGUGCUGUGGUUAUGUGUGACCCAGUAGCUCCUCCAGUCGGCGGCGUUGUUGGGAGUGAUUCAGUAGCAGCUCCUCCCGUUAGCGCUGUAGUUGGAGGUGGCCGAGUAGCACCUCCAGGUGGCGCUGUUGUUGGGAGUGAUCGAGUAGCUCCUCCCGUUGGUGCUGUGGUUAUGGGUGACUGCGUAGCACCUCCAGGUGGCGCUGUUGUUGGGAGUGAUUCAGUAGCAGCUCCUUCAGUCGGUGCUGUGGUUACAGGUGACCGAGUAGCUCCUCCAGUCGGCGGCGCCGUUGGGGGUGAUUCAGUAGCAGCUCCUUCAGUUGGUGCUGUGGUUAGCAGUGAUUCAGUAGCAGUUCCUCCGGAUGGUACAGUAACUGUAUGAGUUGCAGGGGAACUCCAGAUGGGACAGUAAUUGUAUGAGUUGCAGGAGGAAUUCCGGAUGCCAUAAUCGCAGCUAGGGAUGAAGACAAAGCUGCACUAGCUAGACCUGCCGAUCUUAAGGCCUCCGGGGGUGGUAGCUGGCCCAGGCCGCCGGGUUUGGGAGCUGCUACCGCACCAUGGAGU